AUGAGUUUAUCUACUACGCAAAAGAUUAACUAGGUUAUAAAUCCUUAAUUUUUAGGAUUUUCUAUUGCCUAAGGUAGUGAAGUAACUUAUGACGAAGAUUUAGCUAAAGAAGUUGAUAAGUUGUAUGAACUAUCUAUGAAACUGAAGGAUAAGAUUGCUAAAGCAGUUCCAGCUUCAUCUUAAGUUAAAGAAGAAAAUAAGUAAAAUGAAGAAUAAAAACUGAUAGAAAAUCUCAAUGAGAUUGGAAAGAAAUUUAGCUUUUAGAGCAUAGACAAUUUAAAGAAAAACAUUCAUUUGUUUGAUCCUAAAUUAGAAAGAGUAAAGCAUAACCUAUAAAACGAAGCUCAUUAAAAGAGCUUAGAUAUUUUCAAAAUGAACUUAAUGCAAAGUUUAUACAAUUAAGGCUCUGAAGAUCCAUAAUAAACUGGAGAUUAAAAAGGCAAUAACAACAAUAACAAAUUAAACAAUACAGUAACAUAGUGCUUGCAAAUCCUUGAAUCUCGUUGGUAGACUGAAUUAAAGCUAUUAUAAUAAAAAAAUUGA